GUCUGAUGUUGUUUAACGCUGUAUUGAUGAUCUCUCUUAUUUCCCUGCAUUUCUCUUCGCUUUUGUUUAAUCCGUUGUCCCAGAUUCCCAUCAUAUAUUUUCUCUUCUUUCUCACACCAGUGUUCCUUUCCCUUUCCCUUCGUCGAAAAGGUUGCUCCAGUGAGUGUGAGAACUGAAGCAAUCCCAUCUCAGUAUCUCACUCAUUCACUCUCCUCUCCAUCUCUUUCUAGAGCUGCAAAAAGCGAGCCACUAUGUCUUGUUGGGUUCACGGGAAGCUUUAACUUAACUUCCAAGUGACGUUUAUAGUUGCUCAUUAAAGGGCUGAAGAAAAAGAAAAGCACAGAACAACGGACCAGACUGAUGGUGGAGCUGGGGUUUCUCGUAAGCUUCCUCAAAUGGGUAGCCUUGGUUUGCUUCCUUCAUCUCUCGUCCUCUCGAAUUGAUUGCACUCUAGCUGCAUCCUGUGAUCCCAGAGACUUGAGAGCGCUCAAGGAGUUCUCCAGCAGCUUCGAAGAUGGUUUGUCAUUCUUCACAUCUUGGCCUGAUAAUACUGAUUGCUGUGAUUGGAAUGGUGUUUCUUGUGGGCCUAAUGGCGGUAGAGUGACCAUGCUUAGUCUACCAAGCAAGGCCCUCCAAGGCCCGGUUCCAAGAGCUCUGGCCGGUUUGGAUCAGCUGAAAUCGCUCGAUCUCUCUUGUAAUCGUCUUCAAGGCGAGCUUCCGUUGGAGCUCUCCAGCUUGAAACAGUUGGAGGUUCUUGAUUUGAGCUACAAUAUGUUAUCAGGACAGGUUUCUGAAGUUCUCUCUGGUCUGGUUUCCAUUAGGUCAUUCAACAUUUCCAGCAAUCGUUUUGAUGACAAUGAUCUGUUUGGUAUGAAGGAGCUUCCUGAACUUGUUGUGUUCAACAUAAGCAACAACUCAUUCAGUGGGCGGAUAAGUCCCAUGAUUUGCAGCUUAUCCAAUGUGAUUGAGGUUGUUGAUUUGUCGAUGAAUGAUCUCCUUGGAAGCCUUGAAACCUUGUAUAAUUGCAGCUCGUUGAUUAAGCAGCUGCAUUUGGACAACAACAUGAUAUCAGGCUCUCUUCCUCAGGCUUUGUUUGCAUUGCCUUCUUUGCAGCAGCUAUCGAUCUCCAACAACAACUUCUCUGGUCAAUUAAGUGGCGAAAUGAGUAAGCUCGCCAACCUUACUACAUUUCUUGCUUAUGGGAACAGAUUUUCUGGCCAGAUUCCAGAUGUUUUCCAUAACUUGACGCAGUUGGAACAAUUUAAUGUUCAUUCGAAUUCAUUUUCUGGACCAUUGCCUUCAACUCUGUCAUUAUGCUCCAGUCUGCGAGUCCUCGACCUUAGAAACAACUCCAUGUCCGGUCCAAUUGAUCUCGACUUCUCCAGAAUGCCUCUGCUUACUACUCUUGAUCUGGCCACCAAUAGGUUCUCUGGCUCACUUCCAGAGUCUUUGUCUCAUUGCCAUGAAUUGAAGACCUUGAGCCUUGCUAAAAAUGUCUUGAAUGGAAGCAUACCAGAGAGUUAUGGCCAACUCUCGUCGAUCUCGUUCCUCUCAUUGUCGAACAACUCCAUUGUUGACUUGAAUCAGGCAUUAUCAGUGCUGCAGCAUUGUCAGAAUCUCACCACACUAAUCCUCACAAGGAAUUUCCAUGACGAGGAAAUCCCGGUGAAUGUGAGUGGGUUUGGUAGCUUGUCGGUCUUUGCACUUGGAAACUGUGCUCUCAAGGGCCAAAUCCCGUCAUGGUUGAUGAAUUGCAAGAAGUUACAGGUUCUUGACUUGUCAUGGAAUCAUCUGGAUGGCAACAUUCCCCCAUGGUUUGGCCAGAUGGAGAAACUGUUCUACUUAGACAUCUCCAAUAACUCUCUCUCAGGAGAAAUUCCAGAGACCCUGAUGGAGCUAAAGAGCCUCACUUCAGCAAGCACAAGUUCGAUCGGACUCUCACCUUCUGCUGGCAUUCCACUCUAUGUUAAGCGAAACCAGACUGGUAGUGGCUUGCAGUACAAGCAAGUAUCAAGCUUCCCUCCUUCAAUCUACUUGAGCUAUAAUAUGAUCAAUGGAACAAUCUCACCCAAGAUCGGUCAGUUGAAGCAACUCCAUGUCUUAGACCUGAGCAACAACAACAUAACAGGUGUCAUACCGAGCUCGAUCUCCGAUUUGCUCAAUUUGGAAGUGUUGGACUUGUGUUCAAAUGAUCUGUAUGGCUCAAUCCCACCUUCACUAGAGAGGCUCACUUUCCUCUCGAGAUUCAAUGUAGCUAAUAACCACUUGAAGGGACCAAUUCCAACUGGAGGGCAGUUCUCCAGCUUCUCAAACUCAAGCUUUGAAGGUAACUCGGGACUCUGUGGAGGAGUAGUCUCUCCUUGCAAGGACAUGGAGACUGCCAUGACCCCCAGGAGACCAUCUGGCAGUUCAAGGACCAAAUCCAAUAUCCUUGGGAUCACCAUAGCUGUAGGAGUCGGGUUGUCAUUGAUACUUGCCUUUCUGGUUGUUAAGAUGUCGAGAAGAUCUGAUCCUAUCAACGAGGAAGAGACCGGAUCUCACGUGUCAUCAGCAGCAGCACUUAUGACAUCAUCAAAGUUGGUCCUUUUCCCGAGCGCUGAAUGCAGGGAUCUAACAGUUUCCGACUUGUUGAAAGCUACAAACAACUUCAGCCAAGCGGACAUUAUUGGCUGCGGAGGGUUUGGCCUUGUUUACAAGGCCAAUUUCCCUAAUGGGAAAAAAGCUGCAAUCAAGAAGCUUUCAGGAGACUGUGGCCAGAUAGAACGGGAGUUCCAAGCAGAAGUAGAAGCACUCUCGAGAGCUCAACACCAAAACCUCGUCUCUCUCCAGGGAUACUGUCUGCAUGGCAAUGACAGGUUGUUGGUUUACUCUUACAUGGAGAAUGGAAGCUUGGACUAUUGGCUGCAUGAAUGUGUGGAUGAGUCCUCUGUUCUUCAAUGGGAUACCAGGCUGAAGAUAGCUAGAGGUGCAGCCAAAGGGUUAGCUUACCUUCAUAAAGUCUGUGAGCCCCAUAUUGUGCAUCGAGAUGUGAAGUCUAGUAACAUACUAUUAGACGACGACUUCGAGGCUCAUUUGGCUGAUUUUGGCCUCUCGAGGCUGCUAAGACCAUAUGAUACCCAUGUCACGACGGAUUUGGUUGGGACGUUGGGGUAUAUUCCACCUGAGUAUAGUCAAACGAUGACGGCCACUUGUAGGGGCGAUGUUUAUAGCUUCGGAGUUGUGUUGCUUGAGCUUUUGACAAGUAGAAGGCCCGUGGAGGUGUGCAAGGGGAAAAACUGUAGGGAUCUGGUGUCGUGGGUUUUCCAGAUGAAGUUUGAGAAGAGGGAGUCUGAGGUUAUUGCCUCUUCGAUCUGGGAUAAGAACAAGGAGAAAGAACUACUCGGGAUGCUUGAGAUUGCUUGUCGAUGCUUGGAUCGUGAUCCGAGACGGAGACCUUCCAUCGAUGAAGUCGUUUCCUGUCUUGAUGGGAUUGGAAUGUGACUGUGUUACCUGUAGUUCAAGUUGGAAACAAAUUCUUGACCAGGUGACUGCAUUUUUUGUUUGGUUUUUUAGUUCUUUUUCCUCAUAUAAACACAUAGUUAUAAGUUAUGUAUACUUACAUGUGUUGUGUCUUUCUUCAGUCUGCAAUAAAAACGUCAACAGAAAUGUACUAGUUCUUCUUUUGUAUAGAUCUCCUGUUAUUGCAUUGCUGUAUGAAUCCAUUUGAAAUGUUUCAAUAGCUAGAAGAGAGUUGAUAGGCUGUAAGAAAUGUGCUUUGUAGUUCAGCUUCAGCAGUAAGAAAUACCAACCAGUUCAAGGAAGGAACUGUGAUGAUUUUUC